AUGACAGCCCAAGCGGUACCAAAGGUUCAGACAGCCAUUAUUCAGUCCGGGGAUGGGGGCCAGGGGGGCCAGAACCUGACCAUCUCCAAUACGGUCCCGAUCCCUGCCUUUACUUCGCCUCACGACGUCCUUGUACGUGUCCUCGCCGUCGCACUCAACCCGACCGACCACAAGAUGCCCUCCCACUUCCCCUCGCCCGGAAACAGGGUUGGCUGCGAUUUCUGCGGCGUCAUUGUCCAGGCUGGAGAUGAAGUCCAGAAGGACAGCCUCAUGCAGGUCGGCGCUCGCGUGUGCGGGGGGCUUUUCCCCUACGGCCUUCCCCAAGGGGGUGCUGAGCCAGACUGCGGGGCGUUUGCCCAGUACAUUGUAGCCGACAGCCGGCUCCUCGUCCGUGUCCCGGACACGUGGAGCGAUCUCCAAGGGGCGGUUCUGGGCGGAAUUGGUUGGACGACGGCCGCUCUGGCAAUGUCAGACUCUGACGCCCUGGGGCUGCCCGGCUACCCGUCCACCCCCGCUGCCAAGUCUAAGAACGGCAAGCCAGUCCCGGUGAUCGUUUACGGCGCCGCCACGGCCACGGGCACCAUGGCAUGCCAAUUGCUGACUUUGUCGGGAUACGCCCCCAUCGCCAUCGCAUCGAAGCAGUCGGCUGAGCUCGCAACUACGUACGGGGCCCACGCAACCGCGGCUUACACAUCGCCCACGUGUGACCAAGACAUCAAAGAGGCUUUGGCCGAUAUUGGCAUCACGGAGCCGAUCCGCCACGCCAUUGAUUGUAUCACUACGCGAGAAUCGGCCAAACUGUGUUUCACCGCUCUACAUCGCAUGGGAGGCCGCUACGCCUGUCUCGAGGGCUUGCCUGCUGAGUGGCGCACUCGGCGCGCCGUACACGUCAAGGAGGUCAUGGCCUUUGAGGGCCACGGGCGUGACAUGAUUGUCAACGACCCCACGUAUUCGCGGACCGCCAGCCCGGUCCUGUUUGAGCUGUGCAAGCGCUGGACGGCCGAGGUUCAGGGCUUAGUGGAUACGGACCGUCUCAAGAGCCAUCCGGUCCGCGAGGUCAAGGGGGAAUGGGAGGGCAUCAUCAAUGGCCUGGCGACGCUGCAGAAGGGUGGUGUAAGGGGUGAGAAGCUGGCCAUUCAGGUAGCAGUUCUGUAG